AUGUUGGAUAAAACGAUGCAGGAUACAACGAACAAACGUCAGCCAUCAUCUGCUAGAUCGCACCAUCAGAAAACUCAUCCUGAACAGCAGCAAAAGCUACGUUCGCCGGAUUCAUCACUUCCAUCACAGCAACCGAGUGCGGUACAAAGGGAUCAACAGCAGGCUCCGCCGACGCUGCCACCGUCGUUGCCACAGCAACAACAGGAGCAUCAGGAGCACGAGCUAUCGGCAAUACAGGAAAAACCGUCAGAAAACGUCCAAACGCCUUGUCAACCGGUGGCACCGCGACUCGAAACACCGAGCAAGCCAUCCAAGGACGGCACGCCGGUCGGCGGCCCGGUGUCCUUUUCCUUCUACAAGACAAUCAAUACGGUGAUCAAGAGCAGCCGCAAGAUAAUAGUGCGUGUUUGCGAGGUGACCAAUGUAAAGACCAAGCUCAAGAUGUUCAAUCUUUACUCCACGAUGAACAAGCGCAAUGGCGCAGACGAUAAGGAGGCGAAGGAGGUCGAAACGACCGGGCACGAUCGCUUCUGUCAGGAACGACCCUCGAGGUCGAGUUACCGACGGAAGAAGAGAAAAAUGAGACGUGCCCAGUCGGCGGCCGAGUUUCAGGAGCCGCGAGCCGAACCGCCUCUCACUGCGGCCAACAAGCGCAUGCUAUUCAGGGGUAGAUCGAUCAGUUCCGAGCACGACAACAACUCCGAAACCGAACAUUCCGAACGAUCGCCGCUGGUCAGCGCCAAGCUCGACUCGCUGGCUAAGUUCCUGUUCAGCCGGAGCCUGCUGCAGGAUAGCACAAGCGCGGCUAAAGAGAACGAGUCGCCGACAAGACACAGCGUGCGCUACCAGCAGUAUACGGCCCUGGACAGUGGAAUAGGGGCUCCAGAUCGCAGUCCAAGGGAGCGAGCGGCUCGGGAGCGGGCAUACGCCGCGUCCCAGGAAUGGUUGCAGAACACGGGUGGCCGAUACGAGUCCAUCGCACACCUAGAUGACAUCGGAUCGCGCUCGAAUAAGCACUGGUUCCUACUGAACGACUGCACGAUACGCACCGAUCGGCUCAUGACACUGCUACCAUUACCUCCCGAUUGUAUUGCCUUAGAAGAAUUGCCGCCGUCUGAAUGUCCCCAGGGAGUGCUGAUGGAGCUGCUCGGCUCGCUGCAGCAUCCGUACAUCUACCCGGUACUAGAUCUAGGUUUUUUCCCCUCCGAUUCACACCAGUACACCAGCCUCGUGAUGCCAUUCAAUCCCCGCGGCAGUCUCAAGGAUCUCAUCUACAAGUCUCAAUGGAACGAACCGUGGAGUCGCAAGUACACGCGAAAGUCCACCUGUUUGCCUUUGUCGCAAGUGCAGCGACUCGGGCGGCAGAUUCUGGAAGCACUGUUGUUUCUUCGCGAGCGCGGCAUUCCCUCGCACGGUCACCUGCACAGUGGCAACGUCAUCCUGCAGAAUGGAGUCGCCCGACUUUCCGGCUUGGAGAACGGACUGCUUGGGUUGAACUCGCGCGUGAACGCCGUCGUUUGGGCUCAGUCCGCGCCAGACAUCGACAACAUUGAUGUUAUCUGCUUCGGUCACCUGCUAUUCGAAAUGUGCGCCGGAUACGAGCUGACAUCACCGCAGCCUACUCCUGGACACUAUCAGCUUGAUCUCGAGCGAUACCCACAGGUCGUAGAUGUUCUGCAGAUGAUCUUCGAGUCACCGGAUGGCCGCUACCCGACGGUGGAGGAGCUCGUGCUCUGUGAUAUUUUCCGCAAUAUCGAUUUAAGAGAAAUGCGAGGAACAUGUGUGCCUUCCUUCAAACACGGUUUGAGCAGCUCCACCUUGAGCUUACUGAAUGCGGUCCGACGUCGCCAAGGAGCCAUCCUUAGCACAUCGUACAGUGAGGGCAGCUCACCGUGCACACCACCAUCGACCCCACGAGAUCGGAAAACCGGUGAUGUAGAAUCCUCCGAUCUGUCUAGUAGUGAUUCCGAAGAUCUGUUAGAUGAAAUAGUUAUAGCGUCAGCCCGCAUCGACGAUCCAUGCCAUUACGACCCACUGAGCUCGCCGAUACAUUACUGUGACAAUAAUGUCCACUCGGACGACAACAGCAAUAGUAACAGCAACAACAACACAAUCAUUCGUAUAGAUUCGAUCGACGAGGCGCAAGGAGCCGGCUCGGGCGCGGGCUCGUCGUCGGUGGGGGCGGUAGCGGGUGGGUCGGGCGCCGUCAGCCUCAACCCAUCAUCCGCGUACAAGAACUCCAAAUCACGCCGCAUGGAGUACAGCAGGCGCGGGAUGAUGCUCGGGCUCAGCAACCCAUCGCAAGACUCCGCGUUCGGUUCCAUGACGGACGGGGAGUCCUCCAGGGCGUCCAGCUUUAAGCUCAGCAGUUUUGCCUCCAUGAACUCCCCAAUUGAUGAAGGCGUCGAGGAUCUGCUCGCGGAACAGGCGGCAUUGGGAGCGGUUCCGAUGGACAAUCUUGCAACGUCCAUCGCCAACAUGAAGUACAUCGAUUCGACGGGGUCGUCUCCUUGCCACGAUCAUCAUCAUCAUCAUUCGCAGUCGCAAGUGUUACCGCAGAGUACGUCAGGAUACCACGCAGCUGGUCCCUGUGCUGUCAGCAGUUCCCGUACCGAGCCCUCGAUUGCAUCCCGUGACAUCUCACCAAAUCGCUCGCGAUUCCUGGAACCACCCAAGUUGAUGAUCAACAACCAUUCGUCGUCGACGACCAACUCGUCACUUUGCUACACACUGUCGCCCCUGAGGAAAUGCGCCACCACGGAGGUGUUCUCGCAGAAGUACCGCGUGUCCUCGUUCGAGGACAUGUCGUACACGUCCUCGCGUAAAUCGAUCCGCAACACGAACCGCAAGAUUUUCCGCUCCUUCGAGGAAGAACGACGCAUCGAUUCCGCCUUUAUGCCCAUCGACACCUCGCGUCCUCGACAGGCUCGCUCGUCAGGACCUCUGCAGACUCAGCUUUCGCUACCACCGAUGCUGGCUCCACCGGCAACACCGUCCCCGAAGCAUCAGGCUUCACCGGUAUCCCCGGCCCGGAAAAACCACGCAUCCUACCAAAACCUACACACGAUCGUCCCGACGGCACGCGAACGUGGUCUCCAGUGGCGCAGCAACUUGAUCAAAUCGAACGAGUGUCUUUUCGAGACCUCUUUCAACUGCAUGCCCACAGUUCACCAGCAACAGCCACAUUCGCUCCAUUCAGCGCCAAGUCUCUCGGUUGGGCUACAUUCGGACCUUAGUCGCGUGUUCCACAGACCCCACGGAUCGCAGGAUUUGCCUACGUCCGAUCGAGGUAGUGUGGGUGAGAUGAGCUGCGAUCGAUUCAUGCUUACACCGGAACCAGUAGCUUCUGGAAGCCCAUCUGCAGCUCUAUCAGUGGCAACAUCGGCAGCAACCCUAUCGUCCCCAUCAGGAUCACUCACCUCAACGAGUCGCCAACGUCCAAACCGAACGGACCGUCAGCAACUAUUCUCUUUGGCGCGAUUCAAACACAGCACUAUCCUUGACAGUGUGUCCAUUGAGGACUUCUCUUCUGAGAGCUCGCUCAGGGCAUGUGGCACUGGGCGUUCCAACAGCCCUGCUAGUCCGUGUCGCAGUGCGGCCAGUGCUGGCUCCACAUCCUCGGCUGCAGAAGGACGAACGCUCGAACUUGAGCCCAAACCACUCUCGUCGGAUGCUACCUGCACGUCGGACGUCUCAGACACCGCCAGCGAGGACACAGUCAGCGUCAGCACAACGGACACGUCCUUGCUCAAGUCACCGGUGCCGAAGCGGGCUGUUUCUCCGGGUCCACCGAAUACGGAUCACCCGCUACACAAACACGCCCCCCGGGACGUCCGACAGUACCUGGAUGAUGCGACUGGCAGCGAUGAGUUCGGUAAUGAAGAGAAAACACCCCUGCUGGAUGGGAUGGAGUUGUCACCGAUCUCGCCGACCGAGUCCGAACAAAUGUUGUGA